CGGCUAUAUGUCUCCAAAGUACGCAUUGAGAGGAAUCUUUUCAGAAAAAUCUGAUGUGUUUAGCUAUGGCGUAUUACUACUAGAGAUAAUAAGCGGGAAAAAGAAUACUAGCUUCAAGGAUGAGGAUCAAUACCAAGGCCUUAUUGCAUAUUCAUGGCAGCUAUGGAGUGAAGGCAGAGGAAUAGAGUUGGUGGAUGAAGCAUUAGGCGAGUCAUAUAAUGAAUCAGAGGCAUUGAAAUGCAUACACAUUGGGCUUCUGUGCGUUCAAGACUUUGCCACAGAUAGACCUUCCAUGGCUCAAGUAGCUUCCAUGUUAAGUAACCAAAUAUUUGAUCAACCUCAACCCAAACAACCUGUUUUUACUUUUCAAGCCAGUAGUGGUAGUUAUGAUCCUUCCACACAAAGUGGUAAUAGAUGCUCUGUCAAUGAGGUCACUGUAUCAAUGGUUGAACCACGAUAAAAAAGAAAAACUUCAACUGUAAAUUAUGUUAAAUGCAUAUUGGGCUACACCUACGCUAUUCAAUAUUUUCUUUUAAAUUUAAUGGACUCCAUUUUGUUAAAACUUGAAAGGAAAUUACUCUAAUGAUUGCAACAAAACCAAAUGUUCUUUUUGUA